CAUUAGAAAACAGUCGAAAGAGUGCUUAAUUCUGUAAGACGAAACCGCAUGGCUUAAAGGAAGCCUCCUUGCAGGAAGCAAAGUAGACCUCGCAUAGAUACUGAUUGAAUCACUUUUCUCUAUAUUUAUUUAGGUUUACCAUUUCCUUUCUUCACUUCAUCUAUCAUAGUAUUAACAUGGUGCAUUAUUGAAUGGCAUUUCUUUCUUUCUUUCUCAUUUAUUUUAUAUGGGAAAAAAUGUACAGCCCUUGAUACUCUUAGUCGGGUUUUACGAGGUGCACUCUGUACGUUCGAUGAAAUGACCCAUCGAGUAGCAAUGCCACUAUUGCUCUUCAUAACGUACUUCAUACGAUAAUCACAUGCGAUAGUGUGUUUCAUAAAUGCUCCAUUUGUUUAUCCUCCUUACAGCCCCUCUCCCUUUGUUAUUUUCCGUUCAAGAUGUUUGUUGAAAUGUCAAACUGAAAGAAUUUUCUGUCUGUCCCUCUUAUUAUUCUACUUUAAGGUUGGUAUAUAUUUAUCGUUUAGAUGGUAUUUGAACAAUUAGCUUCCAUAUUUACCAAAUUGCAAAGAUUGGAUUUAAAAAUUUAUUGUUUACUGGAGUGCGUGGAAGAGUUUUAGUGAGCAACAAUGUUGUAUAGAGGGGUCGGAAAAGAGGGUUUUUAUCGUUUAAAGCAUGUAUCUGCUUUGUAUUCAACUGGGUCAACGUAUGUAGAGCUUCCAAGGAAGCUUAAGAAAUCUGAGAGGAAACCAUGGGUGACUAGUGUGAAUGAACUUAAGCGGAAAGCUAGAGAGGAGAGGAAAGAUAGGCAGUUGGUGCGUGAAAGGAUUUUGCGGCCACCUGAGAAUGGAUUGUUAGUUAAGGAAUUAAUCCCAGUUGCCCAUGAAGUUUAUUCUGCUAGAAUGGAACUUUUGUCUUGUGUUUCGAAGGUUGUUGAAAGCAUUGCUGUUUAUUCAUGCAGUGUGUGUGGAGAAGUUCAUGUUGGUCAUCCACCUCAUAAGAUCAGAACAUGCAAUGUGAUUGGUAGCCAGGCAAAUAAAGAGCACAUGUGGAAUAUAGGGGGCAUGGAAAAUGUUUUGCCUCUUGUUGAGUCUUUUCAUCUAUAUGAUAGACUAGGAAGAGCUGUUUCUCACAAUGAGAGGCUUCAAGUGGAUCGAAUCCCAGCAAUUAUGGAACUAUGUAUCCAAGGGGGCGUUAACAUACCAGAAUAUCCAACAAGGAGAAGAGCCUUCCCUGCUUACAGUGUUGCUGGCAGGAUCAUGGACUUUGAGCGUAGGUUCCCUAAAGAAGAUGCACCUGGAAAAGGCAUAAACACUAAUGGAUUUUGGGAGAGGAGAAACAAAUCAAGCAAACAUGACGAACCUAUGGACUUCCAUUCUGAUGGUUUACAAGGUAUUGCUAUUCGAGGCAUGGAGGCAUGGAAGAAAUUGCAGACUGGAGCCACAGAGCUUAUGCGGAAGUAUGCUGUCCAUACUUGUGGAUAUUGCCCAGAGGUCCAAGUGGGGCCUAAGGGUCACAAGGUAAGGAACUGCCAAGCUUAUAAGCACCAGAUGAGGGACGGCCAGCAUGCAUGGCAGCAGGCAACUGUCAAUGACUUGGUUCCUCCAGUGUAUGUGUGGCAUGUUCGAGAUCAGCAGAGUGGUGAACCACUAGUAAACAAUUUGAAGAGGUACUAUGGCAUGCUGCCUGCAGUGUUGGAACUGUUUGCACAAGCUGGAGCACAUGUCAGUGAUGAUUAUGCUGGUUUGAUGAGGGAAGAUGUCACAGUGCCUGAAUUAGAUGAAGAGAAGUGGGUGAUCUGAAGCAUGAGUGGAAUCUAGGUAAGCUCUGGGAUAUUGAAGCUUUAUCAUGGAUAGGGAUUUUGGAUUUACUUCUUGAAGGUGCAUGCUUUCUCAGCUUAAGCUUGCAGUUCCAAGUAUGGCUCAGAAAGAUGGUAGAUGCAUCUACUACUGUUCCACAAUAGAUCUUUUCGAUAGGGGUUUUGGAUUUACUUCUUGGAGGGCAUGCUUUGUCAGAUUAAAUUGGCAAUUCUGAAGCAUAACCCGUAACUGCUUAUGAUCUCAGAUUAUUGUUGCGAUGGCAACUGUGUCUAAAUGAAGGAAACUUGAAGCCUUGACAACCAGUAUGUUUACUGUAAGUAUGUAAACCUUUGCAACCAAAAUACAGCAGAUUUAUCCACAAAAGCAAAGUACACAAAGCUCUAAGUUCUUUGAUUGUCUAAAUAUUAGACAAGAAACCAGUAUGGCGGACGCAAAUCCUAACCCAAUAGCAAGGUCAAACCACUUGUCAACAGUGAUCCAGUGAUACUACUCCGUUGAAUCGAAUAGGUGGAUCAUCAUAACCAGAACAUUUCACCGCAAGAGGACCACCUAAAGAAAGUCCAGGAUUGCCAACAAAAGCAGAUGCCUCAAAAGUUGCCAAAUAACCCAGAAGAAUAUUCUACCUGAUAAAUUAAUUGUAUGACAAGUAUUCCAAAAAUGACAUCGGGAACAUGCUUGGAGGAGUUGGACCUGAAAGAUUAUUGCUUGAGAUAUCAAAGGAUGCCAAUUGAUGCAAGUUUGAAAUAUUCUGAGGAAUUUCUCCACUAACUUUGAAUCUUUGACAAGUUCCAAACCACCAACCCUACCAAUUUUGUUGGAAGUUCUCCAGACAGAUAUAGUUUCUUGUCAAAGAUUCAAGAAGGAAAGAGCCCUGUUGUAAGUUAAAGACAAUCCUUUUGCAUUCACAACUACAUUCUCUUCAUAAUAGAGACCCUGGAAAAACCCAUAAGAUACAUCACGA